AAGGAAAAGGGAAAAGGAAAAGAAGGAAGCGCGGAUCAUGGGGACGUAUUAUUCCAAGGCGGACCAAGAGGAUAAUGGUCUUUCUGCGGAGACUGUUGAGUCAGGCAAGGUGUCGCGCAGCAGGUCAUGCAUGGUCAGCAUCCUAAGCGAGAGCCUCCGCGUGCAGAAUGACCUCACCCUCUCCAUCCACCAGUUGGCAGAGCAAGGGAACACCGAGGCACUGGAACUGAAGCUUCGAGGUGGUGAGGAUGUGAACCAAACAGACGGGGAGCAAAUGUCCGCUCUGCAUCACGCCGCGCGCCUCGCCCAGCUGCCCGCCGCCCGCCUCCUCCUGCGCCACCACGCCACGGUCGACCAGCCUGGACCCGACGCCCGCACGCCUCUGCACUACGCCGCCAGGUGCCGGGCGAAGCUGAAAGCGGACACACUCAUCGAGCCGCUAGUGGACGUUACUGAGACGGAUGUUAAUAUAGCUGACGCGGAGGAGGAGGAAGACAAGAAACCGGGCACGAAAACUUUGGAAAGGGAGAGGAAGAAGAAGAAAGAAGCGCACGAGACACUGAAGGCAGAGACAGAGCAGGAGAAGAAAGAGGAAGGGGACACAUCCAUGAUCGUCCUUCUUCACUCCCACAGUGCUGAUGUCAACGCUAGGGACAAAUAUGGACAGACCCCUUUACAUUUCGCCGCCAUGACGGGAAAUCUGGAAGGAGCGAAGGACCUGGUGAUGACUUGCAAGGCUGAUGUGGAGAUCGAGGACUCGCAGCAGGUGACGCCCCUGAUCGUGGCCGCCACUCACGGCUACCUGGAGGUGUCGCGGCUCCUCCUGCAGGACGCCAGAGCUAACCUGCGACAGGCUGACUCCUCCAGGCAGACCGCCCUGCACCGCGCCGCCAAGGGAGGACAUCUGGAGGUGGUGAAGCUGCUGCUGGAGGGCCGAAGCUCUAUGAAGCAGUUCGGAGUGUUUCUGAACGCCAAGGAUCGAAAGAGCAAGACAGCACUAUACCACGCCUGCAGCAACGGCCACCUUGAGGUGGUGCGGGAGCUGCUGCAGGCGGGCGCUGACGUGGCUGCCGACACCUCCAAACUGGCCACGCCCCUGCACGCCGCCGCCUCUGUGGGAAACGUGGAGGUGAUGAAGGCGCUGCUGGAGCACAAGGCACCAGUGGAUGUCCCCGAUCUCUACCAGAGGACACCACUCAUGUACGCGGCAGCAGGCAACCACGCAGCGGCCAUCAAGCUCCUGGUUCAGCGAGGCGCCGCAAGGGAGCACCUCGACCUGCAGCACAGCACAGCCCUGUUGGUGGCUGCCUACGGUGGCCACGCUGCCGCCAUCAGGAUGCUGCUGUCCCUCGGCGCUGACCUGUGUGCUGACGACAGGCUGGCCAGGACUGCAGUGUUUCUCAGCGCGCAACAGGGCAAGAUGGAGGCGCUGAAGGUUCUACUGAGCACGGGGCGAGGUAAGGAGCUUUACGACGCCACAGAUUGCUACGGCUUCCCGCCCCUCCAUGCCGCGGUGCUCUCAGGCUGCAAGGGCGUGGUGGACCUGCUGGUGAGGGCCGGGGCGCAGGUGGACAAAAGGAAUGAGGAGCAGGAUACGGUACUCCAUCUAGCGGCGAGGAAAGGAUUCACUGGGCUCCUCACUGACCUCAUCCCACGCUGCCGGACACUCCUGAAUUCAGAAAACGGAGACCUGGACACACCCCUGCACGAGGCGGCGAGGCUGGGGCACGAGGGGGCGGUGGCGGCGCUGCUGGGGGAAGGCGCUGAUGUCACGGCCACCAACGCCUCCUCCUCUACGCCCCUCCACCUGGCUGCCUCCCACGGCCACGUCUCCGUCUGUGCCCAGUUGUUGGAUGCUUCUGCUUCUAUGGAUGUGUUUAAUAAGGACCACAAGACGCCGCUGCUGGUGGGCGUGGCUGCAGGGCGUGUGGCGGUGGUGCGGCUACUCCUGGGGCGGGGCGCUUCCUUAGCCACAGAGGAUGACAGUCAGCAGAACGCCCUACAGCUGGCGGUCAUGGCGGGGGACAGGGAGAUGGCCAUGGCUCUAGUCUCCUCGCCAGGAUGGGAGGCUGCGCUGCGUCACACCUCCAUGGAGCAGGGCGGCUAUCGCGUCACGCCGUUCAGGAUGCUGGUAGAGAGGCUGCCUGACGUGGCUGAGGAAGUGCUCAACAGGGGGGUCAGGGGAGGGGGAGUGAGCCCUUAUGACCAAUCCGGGAAGCUGAAGUCAAGAGCCAAGCCGUACACAGUGGACGCCAGGAUGUUGAGGAGGAACCACCCGCUAAUGUUGAUGGUGCAGUACCGCAGGACGGCUCUUCUGGCCCAUCCUGUUUGUGUGUCCCUGGUCAAGUAUAAGUGGAAUAGCUACGGCAGCCUCCUGUAUUAUGGUUACCUGGCGCUCUACCUGGUCUUCGUGUUUGCCUUAACCUCCUACGUGCUGGCUGCCAGAAUACUGAAUUGGGUCGACAUAACCAACCUUACCGACUCAUCAGGAAUUCAAUUAACCGAUGCUGUCAGUUGUGAGGAGGUGGACUGGAGCGUGUGGUACGGGGCGACCUUCCUGGAGGCGAGCAAGUGUAUGGUGGUGACCUUUGCUGUGGUGGAGAUGCUUAAGGAAAUGUUUCAGUUCUACCAGGUGAGGACAGCCUACCUGAGCGGCGAGAACCUGGUGGAGUGGUCUUGCUACGUGUGUGCCGUGCUGUUCGUCAUUGACCUCUCGCCCUGCCCCAUCAAGGAGGAGUGGCAGUGGCAGAUCGGAGCCAUGGCGGUGUUUCUGGCCUGGAUGAACCUUCUUCUCUUCAUCCGCAUCUUCCCCUUCUUCGGCAUCUACGUCAUCAUGUUCACUGAGAUUCUUAGCACCUUCAGCAGCUUCUUCGCCGUGUUCCUGUUCUUCAUCGUGGCCUUUGCUCUGGGCUUCUUCACGGUGCUGAGUGGAGAGCAUAGUUUCAGAACACCUGCCCACUCCUUCCUGCGAACAGCUGUGAUGAUGAUUGGCGAGAUUAACUACGUGGAUGUCUUCAAUAACCCCGCCUCUCCGCUGCAGUACCCUGAAGUGACGUACGUGCUGCUGGUGGCUUUCCUCGUCAUCAUGUCCAUUCUAAUCAUGAACCUCCUGGUGGGCCUCGCUGUGGAUGACAUCAAGGCAGUGCAGGACCAGGCCAUGCUCGAGAAACUAGCAAUGCAGACCAAGCUGGUUCUGGAGUUAGAGAUGGUGAUUCCUGACUGGGUGAGGCGCAGGAGCAUCGUGAGGAAGCUGACUGUCUCCCGCCACCCGCACACUGGCUGCUUCCGGGGCUUCUGUGGCAAGUUCAGCUUCUACCAGGAGAGGGAGAAAAGCGACAUAGAGCAGCUGCGUCUGGAGGUCCUGAGUGUAAAAACUUCGCUGGAGAACCUGAGAGACUCCAACAGGCCUCUCCGGGACCUUGGCGGGGACCUGGCGCGGCUACGACAGGUGGUCACUGAGCUGAACCACCACCUCAGGCACAACAGCAUCGCGCCACGUGGUCUUGUUUACAUCGGGGAAGCGUUCACGUGGGCUCUGCUGACAGUUAUUUUUAUUCAGUGACACGCAAUAGAAUUUUCGUCGCUCAUUUAUUUUCUCGUUGACUGCAUAUUUAUUCUGUUCCGUCCUUUAUUUUACUGGUGCGUUUCAUAUUGUGGCGACAAUUUGAUGUCUUAGUGAAAAUAAAGAAGAGAGGAGACUGCGAAUGCACUUAAAGUUAAAAUCAAGCUUGGAAUAGGUAGUAAGUAAAUACAAUACUUUUUUUUCUUUUUACUAUUGAAUGGUAUAGCAGAAGGAAAAUAUAGAAGAAAAGAGUGUGAAUACACAUAUAAUUUAUUGAUGUAAAUAAGCUUAAAAUAAGUAAUAAAUAAAUACAGUACGUCUUUGUUGUAGUUGAAAGCUGUAAUAGAUGAAUAAAGAAAUACUUGUCUACACAUUAGACCGUCAAAUGUUUAAUUUUUUACUGUAAAUUUCUAUGGUAAAACAACAACAACAACAACAACAACAACUACAUUUUUUUUUUUACAAGGAAAUCACCACAUGAAUAUUAUGCAUUAUUAUAUUGUCUGGGAGUCCAGCGACGAGACAAUUAAUUAAGGAGGAACACCGAGAGCGAGCUGCGAGGAACACCGAGAGCGAGUUUUCACCAGGUACGGGAAAAGUGGUGAUUUAAUUUAUUAUUUAAUCAUAUUAUACCAGAUUACCUUUAUGAGGACAAACCGGUACCAUAUAACAAGCACGAGGCAGACGAAGUAACCUUGGUCUGCCUCGCAUUUCAAAGCAAGCCAGCGCGACGUCAGCCCAUCUGCGAGUGUGACCAUUCUUCAAAGGUGACAACAAAAUCCUCAGGGUCAUUGGGAUAGGACAAGAGAUAACGACUUCAGACUUCACAAAGUUAAAUUUUAAAAAGAGAGAAAAAGAAAUGAGUUCUUAAUUAGCGGUAGAUGACUGGAACAGACUUAGUCACUACAUUGUUAGUGACGACCUAAAAGGGAGCCUCAAAAAAAGAUUAGACAAUUAUGUAGAUAAAGAUGGUAGAUAGAAAUAAGUGGGUAUGCUUCAUACAAAGACUGCCACUUGUAGGCCUGAUGGCUUCUUGCAGGUUCCCUUGUUUUUUUGUGUUCUUAUGAUCCUGUUCUUAUGUUCCCCUGUCUUAAGAUGGUAAAAUUCCUAAAAAUAUAAGAACAUUGGAACAUAAGAAAAUAAAGGGAAAAUACAAGAAAUCAUUAGGCCUACACGUGGCAGUCGCCGCAUAAAACAUUCUCACCACCUCCACAAAUUUCUCUAGAUAUCCUAAAGCUCCCUAAUAAAUCAAUACUAACAACCUCAUUACUGAGUGCAUUCCGUGGAUGUAUCACUUUGUACUCGUGAGAAUCCAUUUCUUCUUACUCUUUUUUUCUUAAUCUUAACUAAAUCAAGCUUAAUCCAGCUAUUUUUUUAUUUUUUUAUUUUAUCUCGAGCCUAAGGAUUUUGUUUAUGUCCCCCUUGUGUUACCCCUUGCACCACUUGAAGACCUCUAUCAUAACCCUUCUGAAUCUACGCCUCUUUCAGGAAUGUAAAUCCAAACUCAUUACAGGACUUGCGGGAAUAAAACAGUCUUGUGUGAGAAGGUUCUAAUAACGAGACUGAUUGGGCUUAAGUUGAAUGAUUAAAGGUUCAGGUAAUUGUUUUCUGAACCUUGCUACUGUUUUGUGUCAUUGGCAAACUUUAGAAAAACACUAGACAAAUUCACGGAUGGGGGUGAUAGGUGGAAACAAGUAUGUAUGUUUCAUUCAGGGACUGCCACGUGUAAGCUUGAUGCCUUCUUGCAGCUUCCCUUAUGUCUUCGUUCUGCUGGAGGGGAUGAGGUGAAAGGGGAACUAAUUGGGAUGAAAAUCAGAAGGGGGACAAGAAUGGGGUGUGUGAGUGAGGGUAAGUGUAUAGGGGUGGGAUGUCACGUGUCUGGCCUCAGUGGAGAGUAGCGGUGAUCUUUCAAACUGCUGGAAGUCCUUUACUAUUCGGUUGAGUUUGUUUGUUUGUUUGUGUGUGUGUGUGUGUGUGUGUGUGUGUGUGUGUGUGUGUGUUUGUUGCGUUGUUGCUCUCAAUGUAGUCUGUGGUACUCUUAGAUAUUGUGUUACUCUAUAAAAUUUAACUCUCUCUCUCUCUCUCUCUCUCUCUCUCUCUCUCUCUCUCUCUCUCUCUCUCUCUCUCUCUCUCUCUCUCUCUCUCUCUCUCUCUCUCGCUUAGAGAAAAAGAACCUAUUUAAAAAUACUCAACAUAGCUUCCGUAACAAACGCUCUUGUUUGACAAACCUCUUAGACUUCCUCCAUGAUAUUCUGAACCAGUAUGAUGAAAAUAAAGCUGUAUAUAUAACAUAUAUCUUCAUUUUCAAAAAGCCUCCGACAAAGUCCCCCACAAACGUUUUUCAUUAAACUAAAAUCACAAGGUAUCCAAGGCGACGUGUUGAGGUGGGUAGAAAACUGGCUGAACAACCGUAAACAAAGAGUUAUUAUAAAUGAAACAGCAUCCAGGUGAAGUAACGUAACCAGCGGGGUGCCACAGGGGUCAGUGCUAAAACUUGUAUAAUAUCAAAGUUUGCUGAUGACAAAAAAAUAGUGAAUUCCUUAGUCUCAACGAACAAGCAAACGAAAUGCAGAACAAUCUAGACAAGUUGUCAGAGUGGAGGCAAACUUGGCAAAGGAGUUUUAAUGCUGCUAAGUAUAAAGUGCUUCACAUAGGAUAUCGAAACGAAUGAAUGGUACCCAACUUAAAAGUGUAGAUAGGGAAAUCGAUUUAGGAAUAACAAUAUCGAGCAGCCUAAAACCCAGCCAACAAUGUUCAGAAGUCGUAAAGAAAGAAAACAAAAUAAUUGGCUUACUCGGCAGAUCAUUUGAAAUUAAAGAUACGAUCCUCACUCUGUAUAACUCCUUUUGGAAUGUUUCGUUCAAGCAUGGUGCUCCAAUAACCAAAAAGACACAGAUAAAUUAGAACGACUUCAGCGUAGAGCAGGGGUGUCAGACUCAUGGCCCGCGGGCCAAAUGUGGCCCGUGGGCUGAUCUUAAGUGGCCCGCGAGGUGAUUUUUCAACUCGUUACUGUAAUUGUUAUAACUGAGGAAAAUGUAACUAAACUGUUAAAACGAGACAUAAUAACUUUUACCUUCUACCUUAAUAAUGUAUUUUUGAUAUACCAGGAUGACCAGUAAAAUAGGUUGUAAUCUUCAGUCUUGCCAAUAAGUAAUCACCAAAUCUGAUGGCCCUCGAGACCAUAACUAAUUGGCUCUCGAAAGGAUUUGAGUUUGACACUCCUGGCGUAGAGUGACAAAAAAAGAUAUCAAGCCUGAGGGGUGCGUCCACACGGUCGAACAUUGUCCGUCGAACACCCACUGUUACCAGUUAACAAUGGGAAGCAGAAAAGAGUGUUGAUGACGUCAGCAGCGAGCAACAAGGUGUGUAGCGGACACUGCCCACUACCCGUGUUCGUAGUUUCGGAACUUCGAUCACUGGUGGGACACAGGCUUGGAAGAACGACAUUGCCAGGCACACGAUGAGCAAAGUUCCCUUUUCAUCCCCAGCAGCAAGCAACAUGCUGCGUUGAGCUUUUUUUUUUAUUUUGUGUACCAUGGUUAUGAUGUACCGCACCAGACGCUGGCAACAACCCCCCUGUGUGUUGCCAGCAGACAUCAGCUUCGAACAUUGCCGGUCUUUGCCUAGUGAACGGAGUUGAAACAAUGGUGUACAACUUCAUCUGGUACCAUUGUUUGUUAUCAUAUCAACUUCUCUCGUUUCAGCGCUUAUGACGUCAUCAUGCUCCGCCUUAUGAUACAGUAACAGUGUUGGAUCACGUGACGCACCCUAAGAAACAAACCAUACGAAGAGUGCCUUAAAGAAUUAAAUAUAUUCCCAUUAACUCAGAGAAAACAGAGGCGACUUAACAAAUGUGUAAAAUCAUUAAAGGUGUUGAUAACGUGGACUGCAGCAAGUCUUUCACAGUAAACUCUUCAGAUUACACGUGAGGAAAUUACAAAACUGUUGGGAAAUUUUUCAGUUCUCAUGAAUCAAAAAUGUCUUUUUCCAUCGUAGUCAAUCUGUGGAAUGAUCUUCCUCGAGCUGUGACAGACUGUAGCACCGUAGACUUUUAAACGCUGUCUUUACAAAUAUUGUGCCUCAAAUCCCCAGCUAACAGUGUUUGUUAGUGGUUAACUUCCUUGCCUCCAGGAAAUGGAAGCACUUCAUUUCAUCUAUUUUCAUUCUUUCCUAUAAAAUUUUCGUCGUUACCCCUCCAACCCUGUAAGGUAUUUAUUUCCGACCCAUUUCCUGUACGGCUUAUGCCGGAGGGAGUGAGAGUGGGGAGAGAGCCUUCUGCUUUACUAUCCUUUUCUCUUAUUAUUACCUUAGUAGUCCUAAGUCAGGUCACCUCGUGAGAACAGCAAGGUCUGCUGUGGCCUGUGUAUCUAUGUAAUUCUCUCUCUCUCUCUCUCUCUCUCUCUCUCUCUCUCUCUCUCUCUCUCUCUCUCUCUCUCUCUCUCUCUCUCUCUCUCUCUCUCUCUCUCUCUCUCUCUCUUUGUUUGUCCUUCCUUUGUGUUCCUUAGUGGGGGAUGCACGCCAGCCAGCCUCCCAUCACCACACAAACAUUUAAGGAAACGCGACGCGAAUGACAGAAGGUGAAUGUGUAGAGAGAUGCUAUUCUUGGUUCUGAAAUAGCCAGAGAGAGAGAGAGAGAGAGAGAGAGAGAGAGAGAGAGAGAGACGACUUUGUGGUGCUAAAGCCUUCAAAUCUGCCCUUGCCACCUUCACCAUUGAUCUUGUCUGAAACUCAGUCUAACCUAACCCAACCUAACCCUAACCUUAAACAUUCUCUAGGGACGCCGUGGUGUUUGUCCUCAUGCAGCGGCAGAGGCUGUUGUGGGUGCUGUACUUACGGCAUUCCUCAAUUGCCAUAUCGCUGUAAUUGUUUUUUUUUUUUUCUUCUUUUUUUCGUUUUUAAUGUGAGAGGCAAUCGCCAAAGGCAACAAAAAGACGGCAAAAAAAAAAGAAAUGCCCUCUGAAGACGCUGACCUCAUAGAGAUUGUCCAGAAACGAUGACUUAAAUUGUAUUGAAAAACUCCUUAAGUAAGAGUUUAAUCAUACGCACUAGGAAAUACAGAACAAGCAGAGAGUUCCACGAUUUACAGUGAAAUGGAUGAAAAAGUGGUAAUACCGGUUAACUCUUGCGUUAGGGACAUGGACAGUAUAUGGGUGAGAGGAAGUAGAAAGCCAUAUGCAGAGAGGCCGCGGGAGAACAG